UUCAUCUUCUCUCCACCCAUUCUCUACUUUCUUCUACAUUAUGAUCAAGUUGCUCCCCGCCAGCUUUGGAGCGAACUCCUUUUCUGGAUGAAUACGGCUGCCGUUCGUGCACCGGCUGAGCGUGGCCCCCAAGGUUCAGUGACAUCAAUCUGUCGCGACUGGCGCCUGAAAAAGGCUUAUCUCCACUGAAGACUGAGGACGACGCGCCAGGCCUCGAUGAUCCCUCCAACUCUGCUUGACGACUAUCUACACUGUUGACACACCGUACCAUCCCCGUCAACUACCCACCACCCACACCCCUCUCAUCCCACCGAUUGUAUGCGAAGACCAUGGCUUCCCAUCUGUCUCCGCCUCCAGGCGCGGGGCCGUCCUCCCCUCAAAGCGUGGAGAAGAUCACCCAAAGAGCCCAGGAGUAUGAUUACAACCCCCUGGUUCCGUUAAAAUACUGGCUGCGGUCGGCCGCCGCACUCAUCAGUCAGGCCUCCAUCUACGAACGAGAAGGACACGACGAAGAAGCCUACCUGCUUCUCUUCCGACACGCGCAACUAGUCCUCGUGAACCUCGCAAAACACCCCGGUGCCAAAGACCCCCAGAAUCAAAAAGGCCUGCUGGAGGCAGAGAAGGAGGUCCAGAAGAAUCUCGCCAAGUUGGAGACGUUGAAACCUCGCAUCAACAAGCGGUAUGAGCGUUACCUACAGCUGGCGCGCGAUCGUAAAGCCCGCGGUCCUUCCCGGGGGAGCGUCACUCCGUCUGACUUCGGCCAAAAAGCUGCCGUCGACCCCGGGGUGGUUGCUGAGCCGUUGGAAGCGCACGAGAAUAAAGAUUUGGCGGUUAAGUUGGCCCGCACGGAGAUCAGCCGGAGAGCGACGGUGCGGAAGGCUGUUCACGACGCUGGGAUAUCGCCUGAGGAGGAACGGCGUCGUCGCACGGCCGGGGUUUGGGGCCAGUGGGAGCAUGAGUUGGAGAAGGACGAACGGGAUACGAAUGGGGAUUUGAGUCGGCGAAUUCAGGAUGUGAGGACGCAUAUGGACUCGGCCCCUGCUGCUGACCAGCGCCAAAAUCGGGUGUCCAAAUCGGCUGUCAGGCCACCGGCGACCUCAUCGACUUCGGGAUACAAGUACCCGACGGUUCCUCCUCGCCAGAAGCUUUCAGAUAUUUCGCCCCUUCAGCCAACCAACAGACCUCGAGACGACUCAACGGUCCGUCUGGAGGCUCCAUUGCUACCUCCUAAAAAUCCGCUCAUCCAACCAGCGCUCUUUGACACGCCGCCACCACCACGACCAGAUAAGGUCUCGUCGACUCCUCCCGCGCCCCCGGCUUCCGCCCCGCCUCUCCCCUCCAAGGUCCAGCCCGCAGAGAAUGGAGAAAGUGCACGCAGUAAACUAGACCCAUCCAGCUUCACCUUCAAGCCCGCUGCCUACCUCGAGAACGGGAGCCCUCUCCGCACAGUUUUCCUCCCCCCGGAGUUACGAUCCCAGUUCCUAUCGAUAGCGGAGCCCAACACACGGCGCAACCUCGAGACAUGCGGCGUCCUUUGCGGCACACUAAUCUCCAACGCCCUCUUCAUCUCCCGCCUCAUCAUCCCCGAACAAACCUCCACAUCAGACACCUGCGAGACCCUCAACGAAUCCGCCAUCUUCGACUACUGCGACUCGGAAGACCUAAUGAUGCUCGGAUGGAUCCACACCCACCCCACCCAGACAUGCUUCAUGAGCUCCAGAGACCUGCACACCCACUGCGGCUACCAAGUCAUGCUCCCCGAAAGCUUUGCCAUCGUCUGCGCCCCCAGCAAGAUGCCCGACUGGGGCAUCUUCCGCCUGACUGAUCCGCCGGGUCUGAAAACCGUCCUCAAUUGUACGCAGUCGGGUCUGUUUCAUCCUCAUGCUGAGAGUAAUAUCUACACUGAUGCCCUACGACCGGGUCAUGUCUUUGAGGCUAAGGGGCUGGAGUUUGAGGUCGUGGAUUUACGGCCUAAUGGGUCGCAUUAUUAAAUAUGAUACCCGUCCCACUUCUCUUCUCAGAACUGUAGUCUUCUGGAUGCUGCUAUGGAAUGAACGAAUAUACUCUUCUCCAUAGAUUUUCGAAGUAGCGGCGAAUAUCGCACGAUGUCAUUAAUAUGUGGUGGACCUCGUGAUUCAUAGUCGAGUCUAUUAGACAUUUCCACCCGUCUCGGUCUGCCAACCGAUUCGCUGCAGCUGAUACCCAACCCCAACUCUCUGGACUCUCCACCUGGACUUGAU